CCGAAGCCGCCGCCGCGGCCCUGAGGCGAGAAAAGGAAGGCUCGUCUGGGCGGCGAUGCGCAGGAGAGAUGAGGGUGGCCGUCGACUUCGAGGAGUGCCUCAAGGACUCGCCCCGCUUCAGGGCUGCUCUAGAAGAAGUAGAAGGAGAUGUGACGGAGCUGGAACUGAAGCUGGAGAAGCUGGUGAAGCUUUGCAUUGCUAUGAUUGACACGGGGAAAGCCUUCUGCUUGGCCAACAAGCAGUUCAUGAAUGGCAUUCGAGACCUUGCCCACUACUCCAGUCAAGAUGCUCUAGUGGAGACCAGCCUGACCAAGUUCUCCGACAGCCUCCAAGAGAUGGUCGAUUAUCACACCAUCCUGUUUGACCAAACGCAGAGAUCAAUUAAAACACAGCUUCAGACGUUUGUUAAAGAAGAUAUCAGGAAAUUUAAAGAUGCCAAGAAGCAGUUUGAGAAAGUCAGUGAAGAGAAAGAGAACGCGCUAGCCAAGAAUGCGCAGGUCCCAAGAACCAAGCAGCAUGAGGUCGAGGAAGCCACUCACAUCCUGACUGCCACUCGGAAGUGCUUCCGCCACAUCGCCCUCGACUACGUUCUCCAGAUCAAUGUGCUUCAGUCAAAGAGGAGAUCAGAGAUCCUAAAAUCAAUGCUGUCCUUCAUGUAUGCCCACCUGGCCUUCUUCCAUCAAGGCUAUGACCUUUUUAGCGAGCUCGGACCCUACAUGAAAGACCUCGGCGCUCAGCUGGACCGACUGGCCACGGAUGCUGCGAAGGAGAAGAGGGAGAUGGAGCACAAGCACUCCACCAUUCAGCAAAAGGAUUUCUCCAGCGAUGAGACCAAGUUGGAAUACAAUGUGGAUGCAGCCAACGGCAUUGUUAUGGAGGGGUACCUUUUCAAGCGAGCCAGCAACGCCUUCAAGACCUGGAACAGGAAAAGGCCCGAUCGCACCAGGCGCUGGUUCUCCAUACAGAACAACCAGCUGGUCUACCAGAAGAAGUUCAAGGAUAGCCCCACGGUUGUGGUGGAAGAUCUGCGGCUGUGCACAGUCAAGCCCUGCGAGGACAUUGAGAGGCGCUUCUGCUUCGAAGUGGUCUCUCCAACAAAGAGCUGCAUCCUGCAGGCCGACUCAGAGAAGCUGCGGCAGGCGUGGAUCCAGGCCGUGCAAGCCAGCAUCGCCACUGCCUACCGGGAGAAGGGGGAGGAGGCCGAGGCAAGUGCUCGGAAGCCAGCCCCGUCGGCAGGGAGCCCCGAGUCUGCUGGGGAGGCCAGAGAGAGGCUGCUGAAAGGGGAGAGCGCCUUCCAGAGGGUCCAGAGCAUCCCUGGCAACGCUGUGUGCUGCGACUGUGGCCUGGCGGACCCUCGCUGGGCCAGCAUCAACCUGGGCAUCACGCUGUGCAUCGAGUGCUCGGGCAUCCACAGGAGCCUGGGGGUCCAUUUCUCCAAAGUCCGGUCCUUAACCCUCGAUUCGUGGGAACCAGAGCUCCUCAAGCUCAUGUGUGAAUUGGGGAACGAUGUCAUAAACAGAAUUUAUGAAGCACAGAAUGAAAAAAUGGGAGUGAAGAAGCCUCUACCUGGGAGCCAGAGGCAGGAGAAGGAAGCCUAUAUCCGGGCCAAGUAUGUGGAAAGGAGGUUUGUGGAAAGAGACCCCGCCCCUUCUGAGGGUCCCGGAGUGAAAGCCCCGCCUCCCAGCCAGGAAGCAAAAAGGCACAGCGGGCCGGAAAAGCCCCCCGGGGCCCCGGAGGCUCUGGCUGCCUCCCCUAAAGUGCGGAGUAAUGACAGCGGAUUCCAGCAUAGCUCCGAGGACAGCAGGGAGCAUCUGGCCUCCACCCUCUCCGCCAACACUUUGCACGAGGCCGAGGCAGGUGAGAAGCAGGAGGAGGCUGCUGCCGCUGCUAACUCCAGCAGAGAGUCCAUCGCCGGGCUGCAGCUGUCCUGGGCCUCCUAUGAGAAGAGCCUCCCUCAGAUGGCAAAGGCCCUGGCCCACGGGGCAGCCGUGAACUGGGUCAACGUGGAGGAGAACGGGUCCACGCCUCUAAUCCAGGCCGUCCGUGGGGGCUCUCUGGUCAGCUGUGAGUUCCUGCUCCAGAACGGGGCCAACGUGAAUCUCCGGGAUGCCCACGGCAGGGGGCCCCUGCACCACGCCACGGUGCUGGGCCACACUGGGCAAGUGUGUCUGUUCCUGAAACGAGGGGCCAACCAACACGCCACCGAUGAAGAAGGGAAAGACCCCCUGAGCGUCGCAGUGGAAGCAGCCAAUGCAGAUAUCGUGACGUUGCUGCGCUUGGCAAGGAUGAAUGAAGAGAUGCGGGAAUCCGAAGGACUCUACGGCCAGCCAGGAGAUGAAACCUACCAGGACAUCUUCCGUGACUUUUCCCAAAUGGCGUCCAAUAAUCCUGAGAAGCUGAACCGCUUUCAGCCGCCAGACACCCAGAAGCCCUGAAGGGUCAAAGGGCAAAAGGAGCAAGAAUUGAUGCUCCCCCCCCCAUGCAGAGCUGUAAUUCUCCCCCAUCCCUUUCUUUUUUUAUAUACAUUAAAAGGCUUUGGUUA